UUUUUCUUGAACCAACAAUCAUGGUGCAGGAACAUGUAUCUAGAUGCGAUUCAUUCGCAAGCUGGAGCCUGGAGCAGCUUCAAGCAUGAUGGCACUCUCAACGCUGUAUGUACAACAUAUAUCGUCAGCUGACUCUCUUUAGUUUAUUUCCUCACAUGUAGCAACAUGUGUCACACUUGUUAAUAGAAAUACAACUUUGCAAGUGUCAAGAAAUUCAUUGAGUGAUACUGAGUGUACAUUCGACUGUACACAAUGACACGACAUGAUACCAUCAUCACGAAGAUGGAACAUGUGGAAGAGAGUUUAAAAGAUACCUUGUACAGAGUCGAAGUAAUCGAAAGGAAACUUAAGACGAAAUUACUUACCACAGAAAAUCGAGAGAAAUUGGAGAACGAGCUGGAGGAAGUUAAGGAAGUUCUCGGGCGAAAUGAAAAGGAGUUGCAAAAUUUAAGAAAGGAAAACUCAAAGUCCUUUAUGAUAGCAGCAUGCUUGGUCUUCAUAUGUUUCCUUAUUUAUGGAACAUAUUUAUUGAUUUUUGGAAAUGUUUAACACCUGUAAGAAAUUUAUAUUUAUUUAUUUGCUUUUUGUAAGUUUUUAGUAUGUUAUACAUCUGU